ACUACAGUUCUCUCUGCGGAUGCUUUCCCACCACUCACAACGCGGAUGUUCGAAGACUGUGCUAUAAAAACACAGCGCAGAUACGAUUACCCGCGUGCGGUGGGUUUUCUUGAUGGGAAACACAUCAGAAUCAAGAGGCCCAAAAAUUCUGGCAGUAUGUACUGGAACUACAAACAGUUCUAUUCAAUUAUUUUAUUGGCGUUAUGUGAUGCAGACUACCGCAUACUCGCAUACGAUAUCGGAGCACCCGGUAGAGCCGGAGAUGCAGCUGUUUUCAGAGACUCCUCGAUGAAGAGAUGGGUGGACGAAAAUGAUGCCCUUUUCCCACAAACUCAAACUUUGGGAGAUGUAGGACCUGUACAGUUCCACAUAUUAGUUGACGGCGGGUUUGGUCAGGCGCAUCGUUUUGUCCGGCCCUUUACUGAGGUUCAGGCCAACACAGCAAGUAAAAGGCGUUUUAAUGAAAAGCAUUGUGGAGCAAGAAGAAUGAUUGAAUCGGUAUUUGGCAUUCUUGUCCGCCGAUUUCAAGUUUUGCAAACGUCCAUGCAGUUGGAACCGGAAAGGGCGGCGAUGGUAGUGAAAUCCAUACUUGUAAGCAAAACAAAAGCAGAAGUUAUAUGUUUUGAAUUUCUUCUUUAG